AAGAGUUCCUCCUCUUAUCAAGUAAAUUUGUUCAGUCUGUCUGUUUUGUGUGUUUUUUUAGGAAGUAAAGAUGAACUGGAGCUGAUAAACAACGAGACCAGACACAACGCCAACCUGGUCCGAACCAAGUUAAAAUUAAUGCAGAAGAACUGUCCAUCAGAAGACAACAGAACUAAUAACUCUGUAAUCUAUCGAAUUCAGAGGAAUCAGCACUCACACCUGACUCGUUGGUUUUCUGAAGUCAUGAAGAGUUACCAUAAGAUCCAGAUUUCCUUCAGAGAGAAAUGCAAGGCCCAAAUUCAGAGACAGCUCGAGAUUGUGGAUAAAGUCACAACAGAUGACGAGCUGGAGGAUAUGCUGCAACGUGAUAAUCUUGCCAUUUUCAUAACUAAUAUCCAUUCUGAUGCUCAAUUAUCAAGUCGGGCUCUCUCUGAGAUUGAAAGACGUCAUCAGAACAUCAUCAGCCUUGAGUACAGCAUUAAAGAACUACAUGAGAUAAUUACAGACACGGCCAUGCUGUUGGAAAUUCAGGGGGAGUUGAUAAACAAUAUAGAAAGGAACGUCACCAGUGCCGGAGAAUAUGUACAUGCAGGAAAAGAAGAAACACAGGAAGCACUCGGAUACAAGAAGAAUCGUUAUAAGGUUGUGUCUCUCCCAAGUUUUUUCAAAUCCUUUAGGAGACAAGCCAGUACUGAAGCUGAUGAUUAAAACUCUACUGAAGACUGCAUCAAGCCUUCCUGAUGCACAUCAAACCUGUCAGAGCCUUGGAGAAUUAGUUGUAUCCAUUUUUUUCCCCAUGUAAAACUCUUUAACUGUUUUUUGUAGAACUGUAGUUUUUUUACCCAGAGUUGAGAAUUCAAAGUUAUGUAAAAAUAACUUGUCACUUUAAAUGCUUAAAAAAUAUUUCUUUGUCAAGAAUAUGAUUUCAGAUAUGGUCCAUUUCAUUACAUUACUUUUUAUCUGUUCAACCACCCAUAGAUUCAUUUACUCACUUGAUCACUAGGUGGCACUGCAACAACAUUGAAAUACCAGGCUGUACCUUGUCUAAGGUUUCUUCUUAUGACAUUGUAAAAAUGUCAACUUGUGCUCAUAAUGAAUGCUGUGAAACAGAAGAUUUUAAACUUCCUGGUCUCCUGCUGUGAUCAAUUAACAUAAAGUGGUUUAAGUGAAAUGUAAGAAAUCUGCACAGUAUAAAAAUUGCUGUAGCAGUUGCAGUCAACUUGUAAAUUAGAAAUGUAGUGAUCAGAGUUUUAUUGGCUUAUGUCUUGUUUUGCCUUUUUGUAGGUCUGAUCUGCUGAUUGUAAAAUAUUUUGUUUUUAAAUUAACAAUGACAUGUAAAUAAACUGCUUGGAAGUACAAGGAACCAAAGCUGGCAUAAUCAACAAAACAGGUAAAUAAGUGGCUUAAUAAAAUAAUGACAAUGGAAGCAAAUGGAACAAAAGUGAUUGGAUUAAAUAUUUUUGAUCUAUAAAAAGUCAUGCAAAUGUAUAUUUUGACAUCUGAUGCAAUACUAGUUACUGAUGUAGCUGUUUUACCUACUUAAUAUACCCAUUAGGCUUAUUAUCUUCAAGUUCCUGUUAUUUAAACAUCAUUUAUCCAUAUUGCUGCUUCACUUUUUUCUUUUUUUGUUUUGUUGUUUAAUGCAGAAACUGGAGAGGUAAUGUUCACUUAUGAUGUAUUUAAUAAACAAGAAAAAAACAUCUGA